UCUCACACGUGAGAAGUUGGAAAUUCAAUCCCCAAUUUUCCAAUUCCCCCAAUUCGCCAAACCUAUCUCUUUGAGCCUCCCAAAACCCUAUUAAACCCCCCCCCUCCCAAAUUAUAAGUCACAGGGAUUCAAAGUUCCAUCUUUCUACGGAGUUUUUAAGACUUUUGAGAGAAAAUGGCUUUUGCAAUCUCAAAUGCCUUUCACCACCCUAAACUUCAUCUUCACCAUUUCAAUUACAAUUCCCAGCGUCCACUUGCGAGUUUCCCAUCACCGUUCCUCAGAUUUGCUAGAACAUUACCACGGAAUCAAAGGGUAGUUAGUGCUGCCGCAUCUGCAGCAGGAAGUUCUAACCCAGAUAGUAACUUCAAUCCAUAUGAGGUUCUUGGUGUCAACCCAAUUGAGAGUUUUGACAAAAUCAAGUUAGUCUAUACAAGAAAACUCAAGGACGCUGAGAGGAGAGGUGAUGAAGUAACUGCUGCCAGAUUGGAGAAGGCAUAUGACAAACUAAUGAUGGCACAAUUACACAAUCGGAAAAAGGGUGUCACAUUUGGUGAAAUGAAGGUCUCCAAGGACAUUAAAUAUGCUGAUAAGCAGCCGAUUGUACCAUGGGGCCCAAGAUUCACAAAGUCCUCUGUACAAGAUAUGCGUAUCAACCUGGCAAUAUCUGCUGUUUUUACAGCUUGGGUUCUUAUCAAGCGCAAUGCUGAAUAUAAACCUUUGCAAUUUCUUACUUUUGCAUUUGUAUAUCGAAUCUUUGAGAAGUUGAAAUCGUUUGAACCUCCUGUAACACCAACAUAUACAGAAGAUGGUGAAGAUCCAGGGAGGGGGCUGCGUAUGGGGAAAAGGCUACUUCGUUCUCUUGCACUAGUUUUUGGAUGCAUUGCUGUUGCUUCUCUGGCAUACACUGGUGUGUUAAAUUUGAUCGAGUUUAUGGGUAGUUUCAUUCCUGCUUCCCUUUACAAUAACCAGGAACUGUUAGUUACCACAUCAAGCGCCAUCAUGCUAUACAUUAUGGCAUCCUUCUAUCGGUGAUGAAUCUGCUCAACAAAUCUAGAGAGAAACAAGCCAAGUUAUCAUGAUGGGAUGUACUGAUUUUAAUCUCUGUGAAUCUCUUUAGCUGUCAAAGUUUUGUCAAAUGAGAUGGUGUUCUUCGGAGCUAUAAAUUUGUUUGUAAAUACUGAUUCAUCAAUACUGGAUGAUAUGUUUAGUUUUGGAGUUGCUUUGGGGCUGAUGUAGAAAGAAAACUAUAUAAAAAGAACUUUACUUAAAACUCCUCA